AUGAGCUGGGGCAGCUCAACUAGGGCUGGAGUGCCCACCUCCCAGAUCACUCACUCCCAGGCUGGCAAUCAGUGCCGGCUGUCUGCUGAGAGCGCAGCUGGGGCGGUUAACAAACAGGUCCAGAACCGCCUGAGUAGGGACCACGAGCAACCUCGUGCGCGCAGCGGCCGGGGCGGGGAGGCUGAGGGUUCGGAGAACCCGGCGCUGGAAACGCCGGCCCCGAGAGGGCUGCCCCCGUCUCCCUCCCGGGCCCCGGCCGGCUGCGUCCCUGCCCGGCCUCUCUCGGACUUCCUGGGUCGCCCGCCGCCGCGGGACCCGAGCGGCCGCUGCCCCGGCUCCAGCCCCCGCAGCCUGGGGAGCCCCGGCGCCCGGGGAGGGAACAGCGGGCGAGCGCGCCCUCGCCCAGCCCCGCGCCCAGCCCUGCCGGCGAGGAAGGACCGGGAAGAUGAACAACGGCGGCAAAGCCGAGAAGGAGAACAGCCCGAGCGAGGCCAACCUUCAGGAGGAAGAGAUGAGCUCACAGUGCCUGCACUUUACCCCAGUGGCCCUGAAGUGUGGGCCCCGUACCCUCUGUACCCAGCGGAGCUAGCGCCUGCCCUACCUCCUCCUGCUGCUUUCACCUACCCCGCCUCACUGCAUGCCCAGGAAGGCGGCUCCAUCGCUGCCCUUUGCUUAGUGAGGAAAUGGAUGCAGACGCACAGAGGCGUGAGGAGCUGUGGAUGCGCUGGCUCCCUCCGUCCGAGGCUACUUCUCAGGGCUGGAAGUCUCGGCAGUUCUGAAUACUGCGUUCCAGGUGUGUGACGGUGGCUGCAAUCUGUCUUGUGGGUAUUAAUGCAAUCUUCAGUGGUGGCUACUGUUCUCAAGCUGUUCUACAAAACUGGAGCAUGCUGGCUUGAGAAAACCUGCCCAGUUUUGAGCCCUUCAAGACUUUGCCACAGCCUCUGUCACACAUCUGUUUCUCGAAGAAAACAAUAUAAUAAAAAUGUUUUACUUUUCUACACUGUA